AUGUCAGAGAGGAGAGGUCAGAAGAAGUCCAUUUUCCUGUCAUUAUUAGUGUGCUGCAUGUUUGCCAGUGCAGAGUAUUCCAGCUGUGGAGAGUACGAGUUCUUCAACCAGACCAGUAACAGCUGCCAGGCCUGUCCUCAGUGCCAGCCGGGACAAGAGCCACAUAUGACCUGCGGCUACGGUGUGAAGGACGAGGACUUUUCCUGUGUGUCGUGUCCGCAUGGGAAAUAUUCCAAAGGGAAGUACGAGAUCUGCAGACGCCACAAAGACUGCGACGCCCUCUACAAAGCCACGGUGCGGGCGGCGGGGACGCCGGACAGCGAUGCCGAGUGUGGGCCGUGUUUACAGGGGUAUUACAUGCUGGAGAACAGACCCAGGAACCUCUAUGGGAUGGUGUGCCACUCCUGCCAGAACGCACCACGCAACACCAAAGAAUGCAUGCAAAGCAGUAAACCAAAAGAGAAACCUCCCAUUGACCCUGGCAGCACGACAGUGUUCCCUCACCUGGAUAAAGGUACCAAUGGACAGGGUCACCUAGCCACAGCUCUCAUCAUCGCCAUGUCAACCAUAUUCAUCAUGGCCAUCGCCAUCGUCCUCAUAAUCAUGUUUUACAUCCUGAAGGCCAAGCCGAGCGGCCAGGCGUGUUGUUCCGGACAAGUUGUGAAGGCAGUGGAGGCUCAGACCAUCAAACAGGAAGACAAGAAAGAUGUUCCAGACAAUGUGGUGAUCUACUCAGAAAAGGACGAGUUUGACAAACUGAAAGCCCCCCCGCAGAAGACGGUCAAAAGUGAAAACGAUGCAUCAUCAGAGAACGAGCAGCUGCUGAGCCGCAGCAUCGACAGCGACGAGGAGGCUGCGUCCGACAAACUGGGAUCAGCCGACACCACCAUCACCAACCAGCGCCUGGUGAACCUGGGCAACAAGCCCGACCUCUGCCUCCUCUCUCUGGGGCGCCAUGACAACGACCACGCCUGCAACGGGUCCCCGACCAUCACGUCCGGCCUGAGUCCCAACCACAUCGCCAACAAUAACCACAUCAGCAACAUGAAUGCCAUCAAUAACAACAAUAAAACCCCAGGGAUGCUACAGAGUCGAAGGAAAAAGAUCCUGGAUCUGUACGCCAGAGCCUGCAAUGUGACCGAGGGCCUGAGCCCCACAGAGCUUCCCUUCGACUGCCUGGAGAAGACCAGCCGCAUGCUGAGCUCCUCCUACAGCAGCGAGGCGGCCGUGGUCAAGACGUGGCGGCACCUGGCCGAGAGCUUCGGCCUGAAGCGAGACGAGAUCGGCGGCAUGAGCGACGGCCUGCAGCUCUUCGAGAGGGUCAGCACGGCGGGCUACAGCAUCCCCGACCUCCUGACCCGCCUGGUGCAGAUCGAGAGGCUGGACGCCGUGGAGUCGCUCUGCUCCGACGUGCUGGGCUGCGGCGAGAUGACGGUGGUCAACGGACGGCCAGGCAUCAGCAGCUUUCACAGCCAGCUGGUGUGUCAGUCCCAGUACCCGUCACCCUCCCAGCGCUGCGCCAGUGUCUAG